AAAGAGGCUCGGUCAGCUGCAGUAAUAUGUCCCCACAAUGGACCCCUUCUUCUUGGAGGGAUAAGCCCAUCGCUCAGGACGUCGUCUACGAAGACAAAGAGCACCUUGAGAAGGUGUUGACCAAGCUGCGCAGAUUACCUCCUCUGGUCACCCCUGUAGAGAUUGACCGCUUGAGGUCCGAGCUUGCAGAUGUGGCUGUGGGCAAGGCCUUUCUUCUGCAAGGGGGGGACUGCGCAGAGCUCUUCGAUGACUGUUCUCAAGAUCCCAUCGAGCAUAAAUUGUCGUUGAUUCUUCUCAUGUCUCUCAUCAUUCUUCAUGGAUCUCGACUUCCCGUUGUUCGUAUAGCGCGUAUCGCAGGACAAUAUGCAAAACCUCGGAGCAAGCCCACAGAGGUGGUGUCUAAAAAGGAGGUUUUGAGCUUUCGUGGGGAUAACGUCAAUGGCUAUGAUCCUUCUGAUCGAAAUCCCGAUCCUGAAAGACUCCUUGGUGCAUACUUUCACUCCACUGCCACUCUCAACUACAUCCGUGCUCUUCUCUCUUCAGGUUUUGCCAACUUGCAUAAACCUCUCGACUGGUCUUUCUCCCACGUGCGUUCCCCACAAUUACAAGCAGCUUUCAGUGGAGUCAUCGAAAGCCUGCAAGACAGCUUGGAUUUUAUGAAGGUUGCCACGGGUGGUAGCGGGGGCUUGGAGAGAGGUGGUGCCGAGACGGUCUCGCUAUACACGAGUCAUGAAGCUUUAUUACUGGAGUAUGAAGAAGCAUUCACUCGUGAACAUGAUGGAGAGGUAAAAUACUACAACAUGUCUUCACAUUUCAUCUGGAUUGGAGAUCGAACACGUCAGCUCGAUGGAGCGCAUGUGGAGUAUUUCAGGGGGAUCGCUAAUCCGAUUGGGAUCAAAGUAGGACCAACUAUGAAGGCUGACGAAUUGGUGAGAGUUUUGAACGUGAUCAACCCAGAUAGAAUUCCUGGCAAAGUGACUGUCAUUGGAAGGUACGGAGCGGAUAAAGUGGCCGAAUUUCUGCCAGGGCACAUUGACUCUGUAAAGUCGACUGAUCAUGUCGUGGUAUGGCAAUGUGAUGCGAUGCACGGCAAUACUAAAUCGUCCAAGACCGAUCCCACAUUGAAAACCCGUCAUUUCGUCGAUGUCAUCCAUGAAAUCACCGAAUCCAUGCGGAUUCAUCGUGAAAAAGGUACUAUACUCGGUGGGGUGCAUCUCGAAUUGACGGGUGAGGUGAAUGAGCAAGGGUUUUCAGUGACCGAAUGCAUCGGAGGAUCUAUGGAGUUGGAAGAUGAAGAUCUUUCUUUCAACUAUCGCACACAUUGUGAUCCGAGACUCAACUAUGAACAAUCCCUCGACGUCGCUUUCCUCAUUGCGGAUCAUCUGAAAGCGAAGAGGAAAGGGGAACGACCUCGGGAUAUCCUCCUAUCUGGUUUAAGGGGCAGAGUGGGGAAGGAUUGA